UUGGUCAGUUUUAGUUGACUUUCGUCAUGGAGAAUAGUUUUUCUUUACUUUGAAGUUGGUUUGAUGUGAAAAAUAAAAUGGGACAGCAGCUGAAAUAUAAAGGUCGCUUCAUAAAAGAAAAAGUGCUGAAGCACAAAAUGAAACGAAGAGAAUUAGUUAAAAAAAAUGCUGAGCGAAGAGUAACCUCCAAAGAACAAAACUACCCUUGCGAAGGAACUCGCCUUGUAGAUUUGCGACUCUUGGGGAAUAAUUUGAUAUGCCGUGUGUGCAAAAACACCUUAUCUUUGCAAAAUAUUAAAGAAGAGAAAAGAUCAGGGUUGCACUCAGUGUUGAGCAUUCAGUGUAAAUUGUGUUCUUUGGUUACAAAAGUGGAAACAGGAGAAAAACACAAUGUAUCAGAUGAAUCGACUACUUUUGUGAAAGCAAAAGUUCAUAACGAUGUUAAUACAAAUGCCGUAUUAGGUGCUUUCCAUGCUGGUAUAGGACGCACACAACUGAAUAAAAUUUUGGCAUGUUUAAAUGUGCCUAAUAUAACAACAAAAGUGUAUAGGCAAUACGAGCAAGAGGUUGGUCCAGCAAUUGAAGAAACUGCGCGAGAUUCCUGCAAAAAAUCUGCGCGUGAGGAAAGAAAGUUGGUUCUUGAGAGAUUGGAAGAUUUACGUGAAGCAUUGUAAGGUUUUACUUUUUUUAUUAGGGUGGCCACUUUUUUCUAAAAUGAAAUGAAAUCCUUCUUUUGUUACCAAGUUUUUCUAUGAUUUUCAUUUUUUUAAAUAUUUUUUUGUUUUAAUAAAUUAGUCAUUUCUAAAUAGGACAGCUGUGCUGUUAAAAUGUAAAAAAAUUAUUUUUAUUUUUUUAACUUCCUUAACGCGAAGUAAUUGGUAACAUAUUAUUUUAAAAAAUGUCUAAAUUUAUCUCUAAAAGUGUACUGUGGAAACAGAAAUAAGUUUCAUUUUACACUAUAAAAAUUGAAAAAGUUGCAUUUAUUUAAAAAGUCAAAAAAGUAGUACAAUUCGAGACCUGUAAGUCGUGCAAAAUCUAGUUCCAAAUGUUUUUUUUCUAGUUUGCCGUGCAAGUGGUCACUCUAUUUAUUUUUUUGUAAAUCCUAAUUUUUAAUAUUAUAGUAAUCCUAAAAUGAUAUUAGGAUUUCUACUGUUACUGCAAUAAUGAUUCAAGUUUCUUACACUGUAUUUAUCGAAUACAUUGUAUUUUUCGAAUAUUUGUACAUCGUCAUUUACAAAGUUACUAUCAAUUACUGA